AUGGAUCUGCUACCUGACGACUUGCUCGCCGACGUCUUCCGCCGCCUCGCGCCGUGCAGCCUCGCCGCGUCACGCUGCGUCCGCAAAGCCUGGUGUGCCAUCAUCGACACCCGACGCUUGCUACGCACCGAUCUCCUCCCUCUCCGGCUCGAUGGCUUCUUCUUCCUCGGGCAGAUCCUCAAUCCUGCCCCAUGUUUCUUUUCACGCCCCCAAGUCGGCGGCAGGCUCGACUUCUUGGACACCCGUGACGCCAUGGAUUUGCAGAUCAUAGAUCACUGCAAUGGUCUGCUCCUGCUCGAUUUUGGGCGGGUGGUUAACCCUGCCACGCGGCAAUGGGUGCGCUUGCCUCCCUCCCCGCACCCGUCCAUCGGUACGGAGGAUUUCCGUGAGAACUACGGCCUUGUGUACGAUCCUAUGGUGUCACCACACUACGAGAUAUUCCAGAUCCCAAAUAGUUCCUGCAAGGCUCGGUUCCAACUGCAGGUUCAAGGAGGACUCGGAAUGGCCAUCAUCACCAUACACAACGCACGUCUUCUCAUCAAGGAAUUGGAGGUGGGAAGAGAGGUCCUUCAUCCGUGA